AUGGAAAAGGCUAACUCAGUAACUGGUGUCUUACAAUUGACUGAUGACUACAGUUUGACUGAAACAGAUCAGCUUACAGCAAGGCCUGCAAAGAAAAUAUCUAAUGAAAUGAGAAAGAUUCAAGAGCAAAUUAAUUCUGUGGACAACUCUGAUAACUUUACCCAGUCUUCCAGAACAGCUUUAGAGGAUUGUACAUCCUUUAACUCUGAUUCUAGUAGUUUUGUGUUGAAAAAAGAAGAACUUGGAAUGGAUUUAAAAGAUUCUGUUAAUCUAAUGAAACUCCAACAUACAGUUUCUUCAUGUGAAGAAAAAUUGGAACUUCAAAAAUAUCACUGUGACAUAUAUACAACCAAAAAUGAAAAGUUUAAAACUAAAUUUAGUCGAGUACGAGUUGACUCAAAACAGAUAAUAUUACAGUUGGAGCAUCAAAACAAAGAAUGGGAACGAGAGGUCAACAAUUUAAGAUUUGCCUUAAAACAAGAAGAAGAGAAAAGAAGAAAUGCUGACAUGCUAUGUGAAAAAAUUAGACAUCAAUUUAAAAAAAAAGAAGAACAAUAUAGUAAAGAAGUUGAAAUGAAACAACAACUUGAAAUCACUCUUAGAAUGCUAGAUGUGGAAUUGAAGACUGUAAGAAAUAAUCUGAACCAGGUUAUAACAGAGCGAAAUGACAUGCAGAAGCAACUUUCUCAGGAACAGAAUGCAAAAGUAUUACAAGAUGGAAUUCUGAGUAGUCACAUUUGCAAAAAGGAGACAGAAAUGGUUCAAAAGAAAAUUAUACCAAAUUCUGAGGUUUGUGAUAGUAAUGAAAAAGAAAAAGAUCUAGUGCAAACAAACCAAAUGCUACAGAACAAAAUCACUGUGCUGACACUGGAAUUAGACGCAUUAAAAAAUCAGUGCCAAGUAAAAGUGAAAAAAUAUGCUGAGGACAUUGAAAUAGUACAAAGAAAAAAUUAUGAUCUUCAAAAGACACUACAACAGAGUGAGGAAACAUUAGCAAACACAGUAUUACAACAUUGUGAACAACUUAAUGUACUGACAACUGAAAAUACAAUGCUAAAGUCUAGAUUGAAAAAUGAGAAACAAAACAAGGAAAGACUGGAAACAGAAAUAGAAUCAUACUGUUCUAGACUGACUGCUGUUACACAAGAUCAUUAUCUAUGUCAGACAUCCAAAAGAGACUUAGAAUUAGCUUUCCAGAGAGCAAAAGAUGAGUGGUUUCAUUUACAGGACAAAAUGAAUUUUGAUUUGUCUAAUCUAAAAGACAACAAUGAAUCUCUUUGCCAACAACUUUCUAAAAUUGAGAGUAAAUUCAGUAACCAAAAACUUGAACUCCAGCAGACAAAAAAGGCUCUCAGAGAAAAAACUUUGGCUUUAGAACGUGUAGAAAGAGACCUAAGCCAACCCCACCAUCAGCUGACAAAAGUUGAACCAAUGAAUCAAAACAUGCCAGGUAAAGUGAGAAAAUACACUGGAAGACAGGAAUGCUCCCAGGGAAAACCAUGCAUAGUGCACAGUGAAAGCACAUUAGCUCAGCAGCAAUUGGAUGAAGCUUUCAACAAAGGUGACAAUGAAGAAAAAUUAGCAAUUUAUAUUCAAGACCAGUUUCAUGAUAGUCUGAAAAAGCUUCAAGUUGAGAGUGAAAAACAAAGUCUUAGGCUUAAAGAGAGAAAUAAGGAGUUAACCAAUGAAUGUAAGAAUUUAAAAGAAAAAGUAUGUCAGUAUGAAAAGGAGAAAGCAGAAAGAGAGGUGGCUCUGAGACAACUGCAGCAAGAAUUGGUUGAUACCUUAAAAAAGCAAUCUGUGUCAGAGGCUUUAUUGGAAGUUCUAUCACAUUACCGUAGUUCUUCAGAAGGUGAAAAACGGGCUUUAAAGAAGAAAUUAGGUCAAGUCAUGUUUCAAAUGGAUGAUCUCAAAGCAAAUCUAAGAGAGUCAUCUUCAGAAUAUAUACAUCUGGAUGCAAAAUACCAAGCUCUUCAGCAGGAGUUUUUAUCUCUGAAAACAGUACAAAAGAAAUGUCAGAAACUAGGGAAGAAUAAAAAGAAAUUGGAACAAGAAGUAGUCAACCUCCGAAGUCAUCUAGAAGGAAAUAUGAUAGACCACAGUCAAGUAGAACAGUAUAAACAGGCGAUUGAAGCAAGAGCGAGGCAGGAGAUAGAAGAAAAAUUAAAAGAAGUCAAUUUGUUUUUACAGACUCAGGCAAUUUCUCAAGAAUAUUUAGAGAAGUUAAGAGAGACUAAUAAUGUUUCAGCACGAACUCAAAUGGAACUCAGAAUUAAGGAACUAGAAACUGAACUUUGUAAAAUAAAAACUUGUCAAGAAGAUUUUAAUAAAGCAGAAUUGAAAAAGUAUAAGCAGCUUUAUCAAGAUGAAUUAAAAGUUCGGAAAGCAGUGUCAAGUAAACUAAACAGCACUAAUGAGAAGCUAGCAGAGAUAAAUACAAAACUUCUAAUAGAGAAACAACAGAAGAGAUCGUUACUGAGCACUAUUUCCACCAGACCAGUCCUGGAAUCACCUUAUACUGAAAAUUCUAGUAAUAGUUUACAAUUUAGUAGCAGUCUGACUCCCAAAGAACAUGUAUGGAUUACUCCCAAAGAAUAUGUUUCGAUCCCUACCUUUUUAAAAUUUCAGCCUUCAAGUAACAGCAUGGACUCCUACUUGACUGAGAUGCGACAGGAAUUGGAUAAAACCAUAACUAGAGAACUACAGAAAGGAGCACGUCGGAAAUCCUGGCUACCUCUGGAAAACGCCUCUUCGUCUCUUAUCUGGGCUGGCUUCCCUUGUGCCCGCUCUCUAGCUGCCCUUCCGCCCAGGAGCACGCGGGAAGUCCUGGGUAGCUCUCUGGAAAACGCCUCUUCGUCUCUUAUGUGGGCUGGCCUCCCUUGUGCCCGCUCUCAAGCCACCCUUCCACCCAGGAGCAUAGAUGCUGCUGAAUUUGAAUCGGCAUCCUAUAGAACUUCUUCUCUUGGAUAUUCCAAUAAGCCAAGUCAAGAAUUACUUGUGCAAGCAUCAGAAGAAUAUGUACAGGAUUUCCAGUCAUUCAUUGUUGUAUUUAAUAUUAUUUUUAGUUGGUAUAAGCAGAAGGACUUCCACCCGCCCGCGGCUUCCAGGCUCCCCGUUCUGCGCCGCGGCGUGCUCUCUGUCUCCCCUCAGCACCUCAUGACCGAUUUUGGCCCUGUACCUGUAGUGUGA